AAGGGGGAUGCAGGAAUCCACAUAGGAGUGUCCCAGGGCCCUCCUCAAACAGAAAAGCCCUUGUGAACACUGACACUGGGGGUUCUUUCUUGACCACGUGACGUGUAUCCAAGGAUAGCCCAAACUUGGAAACCGCCGAGAAAUGGACACGUUUCCAGCAAGCUGCACGGGAGAAAAGCGCAAAUGGAGAUAAAUGAAUAAGAGGCUUUCUUCAAUGCCGUAAGAAUCUGGAAAUAGCUUUCGGACCAUUCAACUUAUGAUUUACAGCAAAAGUUGGAACUUUCUUAAGAAUGACCGUAUUUAUAGUUUAACUAGCGUUUUCACUCACGCACAUAAGUGCAGUUCUUUUGGGUAUUCACAUUAAGCGCAGGAACAAUGUGUACCAGACGCGAUCAUUCAGGAUGCUCCAGAUGAACUACUGGAGACCCGUUCAGUCUGUAAGAUGAAUUGUAACCCAGGUUCUGACAUGAGAUGAACCCAAAACAGUUGGCAGCAGCGACAAAUUAGCAGUCUGUGGAGGCAUUUCCUAAAUCAAAGUUCAUUUGAGAAUGAGGAACAAGUACGCAAUCAUCAUUAUCUGCAUUGUGGCACUUGUCAUUAUUGAAAAAGAAAACAACAUUAUUUCAAGGGUCUCAGACAAGCUGACACUAAUACGGACCCCACAGACAGAGCCUCCAGGGCCCUACAAUGCUUCCAGCGCUCUGGUAGUAAUGGACGACAACGGUUCCUAUCCAGAGGACGGCAUUCAGGCAGGCCGAAAGCACAUCCUCUUGAUGGCUACCACACGCACAGGAUCUUCCUUCGUGGGCGAGUUCUUCAACCAACAGGGUGGAAACAUGUUUUACCUCUUUGAGCCGCUCUGGCACGUGGAGAGGAUGCUAUCGAUUGGCUCGAGUGGCACGAAUGCAAGCACUUCUGUUUGGGUAUACAGAGAUGUCCUACAGCAUCUCUUCUUGUGUAACUUCUCAAUGUUGGAGCGCUUCAUCAGCCCUCCUCCACAGGACCACGUCACCCCUGCCCUGUUCCGCAGAGAGUCCAGCAAGGCCUUGUGUGAGGAGCAAGUCUGCUCUCCGGUUGUAAAAGAUGUUUUUGAGAGGUACCACUGCAAGACGAGACGAUGCGGGCCACUCAAUCUGACCUUGGCUUCUGAGGUCUGCUUAGGAAAACAGCACAGGGUGAUCAAAACAGUGAGGGUCCGACAAUUAGACACACUUCGUUCUCUAGUAGAGGACCCUCGGUUGGAUAUGACACUCAUUCAGCUGGUAAGAGACCCUCGAGCCAUACUGGCAUCAAGGAUGGUGGCCUUUGCCAGUAAGUACCAGAACUGGAAGAGCUGGGCAGUGAAUGGAGACAUUCCUAUAGAGGACGAAGAGGUCAAACGUCUCGAAGGAAACUGUAACAAUAUCCGCAUCUCUGCUGAGUUGGGCUUGAGCCAGCCCAAAUGGCUGAAAAACCGUUAUAUGCUAGUACGUUAUGAGGAUAUCGCCAGGUACCCCAUGCAGAAAGCAGCAGAAAUGUACAAUUUCACAGGGAUUCCGAUGACGACACAAGCACGGGAUUGGAUUCUCAAAAGCACGCAUGCGUCAACCGAGGCAAGUGGCGUGUAUUCCACCCAAAAAAACUCUUCAGAACAGGUGGAGAAAUGGCGGCUUAGUAUACCGUUCAAACUGGCCCAAGUUGUACAGAAAGUUUGUGGGCCGACCAUGAAACUUUUUGGGUAUAGGUUUGUAGACAGUGAACAGACACUAUUGAACAGAUCUUUUAGUUUGCUUGAAGAAAAACAAUUUAUUUAGGCAUGGAUUACAUUUUUUAUGCAUACAUUGUUACAGGAAAACCAAGCGUGAAAUGUGACAAGGUUUUGUUUUUAUAUGUGGACUAAAAACUAUGCACAGCAGGGACACACUGGCACACUGUAGCACACUGGGAUGCUGCUUAUACUGAGGUACUUGUGGCAUGCUUCACCUGAAUUAUUUAAACAAAUCUGAAAUUAUGAGUGAAUGAUUGUAGAUACCUUCAUAUGAAAAACAAAGUUUGAUUAGGAUAAAAAAUCAUCUGUACUAAUAAGAUGAGUCAUAAUGUGCCUGUGAAUGUGCUUAUUUGUGUGUGUCUGGAAACAGUGUUUCCUCUUUUCUCAAAAAAAGCUAAAAGAUCAUUAUUACACAAGAGAAGUAAAACAAGCAGGCAUCUUAUUUAUGUGUUAUGCUGCUGCUAAAGUUAUGUCUGGUCACUAGAGUCACUUCAAAUUGCAAAUUAAAGCCCAAAAGGAGUGUUGGCUUUGAGAGUUGUCGUUGAUUUUUUUUAAUGCAUCUGGAUAUUACCAGAUAUUAACUGAAAAAAAAAAUCCACUGUAUAAGGCAGUCAGUAUAAAAGGCAGCCUUUGACAGCCAGCUGUGAUCCCAGAGUAAAAUUAUAGCAUUAUUCUCUAAAAAAUGCACAAUAGACCUUCAUCCAUGCACAUUUGUAAUAGUUUAGUAUUUUAAACCUUUUUAAAACACACACAAAAAAAAAUAUAAGAGAGUAAAAUAACACAACAACAAUGGCAAAAUACUGACGAAAACACCAACAUAUUCCAAGAGCAUCUGCUCUUUGACCAGGUUUAAACGGAAAAAGCAGCAGCAGAUUCUUCAGGACCUUCCAGUAUUUUCUGGCUAGAUUAAUGGUAGACUUUUGAAAAGCAAAGCAUUCUUAAAAUAGCUGAAUAGCAUUUAGUUUCAACUACAGCCCUAAUUCCAAAGCUAUUUCAAACAUCACAUAUGUUUUAUUUUUAGAAUGACCAUCUGUGAAAUAUUGUUACAUACAUAUGAAAUCUAGACAUUCUGGGAACAGUGAUGUUUUUUCUGCCCACAUAAUUUUAAAAUCUUAUCUCAACAGAUUUACUGAGAACCAGUGAUGGUCUCUCUGCACAAAUAAAAGACAAAUGUUAUCUCAUCUAAAUAUUCACAUCACCCUCAAACUAUUUCCUGGACUUGGAGAUCUAGUGUGCCAAAGCUUAGAUGUCUGCAUUUUUAACACAGUGGUUCUUUGAAAAGAGAUACAGUAGUAUCUUCAUGCUUUAUUUAAAGGUUUCAUUUUCACUGCAAGGAAGCAGCACAUCAUGCAGAAUACAUUGUUUUUCACAGAAAGAGUUGCUUCUCCGAACAAUAACACAAAUUUAUGUUUCUCUUUAAUUGUACUGCUGCUAUCUGUUUGCAACAAUAAAUAAUUUAAGCUCAUCUAUUCCAUUCACUGGCACUAUAAGAUAAAUGUGCACUCAAGAGUCUAACAUCUGUUAAGCAAGGAGCGAGAGAGUGUCUGCCUGUACACUAGUAUUUCACAAAAUAUGGGUUUAUUAUGAUCCACCAUUAUUGUAAUGUCCCUUGAAAUCAUAAUCCCUGAUUUAAUGAGUCCAUAGGGAAAUUUUGCAUUGAUAAAACAGUGAAGCUGCCACUCUGCUUCAGCGUAUGCGCUGUGAUCGUCACGUAGCUUUCGUGAAAGCUGACUUCAAACUGAAAAAUCAGUUCUCUAAGUGUGUGAUGUUGUAAUGCUAAGCAUAAAGUGUGAUUUAUACCUGCAGGACUUCUGUUGCUAGUUCAUUUUGAGGACAUAUGCAAAUCCAUGUUUCAUUGACACAGGACUUUUCCUCUCCACAAAUCAAUAUCAAACACAUCUCUGAUGUUCAUACAUGCCAUAAAAGGCCUAUGAAAACAAA